AUGGAUUCAAAACCUCCAUUGAAGUAUCAGACAUGGUUCUUGAAAGUUUCUAUCCACUGUGAUGGUUGCAGGAGGAAAGUUAAGAAGGUUCUACAAAGCAUUGAUGGUGUUUUUACAACAAUAAUAGACCAACAACAGCAAAAAGUAACCGUCACUGGAAGUGUAACUGUUGAAACCCUUCUCAGUAAACUUCUCAGAGCCGGUAAGCACGCCGAGAUUUGGCCGGAGAAUAUCUCCGUCAAAGAGAACAAGAACAAGAGCAACACACACAAGUUGGAAAACGAUAACCAUUCUUAUGCUGAAAAAACUACUCAAAAUUGUAACAAAGUUAUGAGCAAGAGCAGCAACAUAAAACCCGGUCAAAAAUCACCGGAAAAGUCUCCGGCCGGCGACCGUGAAUCGCCGCAGGAGCACAAGGGUUGCCAGAGUGGUGGUGGUGGUGGUUCUGCUAAGAAGAAAAAGAAAGGUCAGGGUGAUGUUAGCGUGAAUCAUGGUUCCGCGGGUGCACCUGCACCUGCGGACACUGGAUUUGGGUUCCAGAAUCAAGGGCUGGAUUUUGGACGGGAAAUGGGGAAAAUGAAUCUCAUCCCUACACGUCAGAAGCAAGAAAAAAGCUUGUACACAGAAACUAGUUGUCCUCCACCGAUGGUGUACGCUGGUGCUUACUACAAUAUCAUGUGUGCCGGACUAGAUCAAGAAUAUGGUUGUCAAAUUCAAUCAAGACCGUUGGUUUCCUUUGAGAUUUUCAGCGAUGAAAAUGUGAAUGGAUGUUCAAUUAUGUGA